AUGCUUCAUGACCGCUCGUUCCUCAUUCUCAACUCGCUCAGCUUUGGCAACCAGCACAGAGGCUGCGGGCACUAUGUGGUCAUGUACUACUCUGGUGUGAGCUUCGACUGCAGGCAGCCUACCUGCGGCUUGAGCUCUGCACAUAUGCACAAAACGACGAAAGUCUGUCCUUGCACGAAGACAUAUGAUGACCGUCGAAGAGUCCUUAACCUCAUCCAAGAACCCUGCGAUGCGUGCAAGGAAGCUGCGUUCCACGCCAGAGUCCGGGGAUGGCCAUAG